AUGCCACGAAAUUAUAAGACAUCAAAUGAACAGCAAAAUUUAUCAACAAAAAAAUCAAAAGAUAAACCGACAUACAAAAUUAUUGUAUUAGGUAGUGGUGGAGUUGGUAAAUCAGCAGUAACUAUACAAUUUGUUAAAUCAUUCUUUUUUUCUGAUUAUGAUCCAACAAUUGAAGAUUCCUAUGUUAAACAAUGUUUAAUUGAUAAUCAAAUAGCACAAUUAGAAAUUCUUGAUUCAGCUGGACAAGAAGAAUUUAAACCAAUGCGUGAACAAUAUAUCCGUGUUGGUGAAGGUUUUCUACUUGUUUUUUCCUUAACUGAUCGUCAUUCACUUGAAGAAUGUUAUAAAUUACAUCGUGAUAUUUUACGUAUUAAAGAUUCAGAUAAUGUACCAAUAUUAUUAGUUGGAAAUAAAUUAGAUAUACGUCAGAUUGAUGUUGAUAUACAAGCACGUAAUGCCGCAACUGCUAUGCAUAUACCUUAUAUUGAAACAUCUGCUCGAACACGUUAUAAUAUCGAUGAAAUCUUCGUUGAACUUGUACGUUUAAUACGAAGAAAUAAAUGUCAAUAUCAAACAAAUAAUGAUAUAUCAUUAUCAAAAAAACAACAACAUAAAUCCCAUUAUUGUUCUUGUAGUAUUUUGUAA